GUGUGCCUCGCGCCCCUCCCAACCCGAAACCCAAACCCCGCAUCUUCUACCACACUCCUCGCCGCCGCUCUCGCUACCAGCCCAACCCUCGUGCCGUUCACCCUAGUAGCAGCAACGCCUCUUCGCCCCAGCGCGCCUUCUUGUUCGUAGCUUCUUAUCCAGUAAAAAGCGGCGCCAUGGCGAGAGGCAGGCCGAAGAGAGGCAAGGCUAAGUCUAAGGGCACCCGGUCAGCGCCGAGGCCCGAGCGCAUGGAGACCGCUGCCGCUGUGCCUGGCGCGGAGGGCACGUCGAGACCUGCGGUGUGGCGGCCGGGCGUGGACGACAUGGAGGAGGGCGAGGAGCUGCAGUUCGACCCCUCCGCCUACAACUGCCUGCACCAGUUCCGCCUCAACUGGCCCUGCCUCAGCCUGGACGUGGUGCCGGACUCGCUGGGGGAUAACCGCAAGAGCUUCCCACACACACUCUUCUUUGUGGCCGGCACGCAGGCGCCAUCUGCAGAUGGCAACGUGGUGGCAGCAGUGCGGCUGGCGAACAUCACGAAGAUGCGGCACCACAGGGACGAGGAGGACGAGGACGGGGAGGGCGACGACGACGAGAGCGAGAGCAGUAGCGAUGAGGACGACGACGACCCCACCUCCAUGGGCGGCGAGGGCGCGGGCGUGUUCCGCAUCCCCAAGCCGGGCAAGCCCAUCAUGCAGGCCCGCAGUGUGGUGCACUACGGCGGUGUGAACCGCAUUCGCAGCAUGCCGCAGCAGCCGCACAUCUCUGCCUCCUGGAGCGACUCGGGUCGCGUGCAGGUGUGGGAUCUGACACCCCAGGUGCGUUCCCUGGCAGCCACUGCAUCGUCAUCAUCCGUGGCGGCGAGUGACAUCUCGCCCCCGGUGGCGCGGCAGGCGCCGCUGCACAUCUACUCGGGCCACGACGACGAGGGCUUCGCCAUCGACUGGAGCCCCGCCAACACUGCUAGACUCGCCACUGGCGACUGCAAGGGCGGCAUAGCGGAGUGGCGGCCAGUGGAGGGCGGCAAGUGGGUGGUGGGUGACACCAAGUUCAGAGGGCACGAGGGCAGUGUGGAGGACAUCCAGUGGAGCCCCUCUGAGCCUGAGGUGUUUGCGUCCAGCGGCGUUGACGGCACGGUGUGCUUCUGGGAUGUGCGCGCUGCCAGCCGCACUGCCCCCGCGCUCAGAGUGAAGGCGCAUGACGCCGACGUCAACGUCAUCUCCUGGAACAGAUUGGGGAAAGAGCGCCGUUUUUUUAAAA